UGACUGAGUCCGUCAAGAGAGGCAUACGAAUCCGCCAUGUCUGAUCUAUCUGAUAACGACAACUUGAGCGAAGGAUCGCGGCGCCAGGCCAGCAGCAGUAGUCGGCAACGCAAGCGCGAGCAGGAGGAUCUUAGCGGCCUCUUUGACGAGGACGAUAACUCCCCUGCUGGAUCACCUGCAAAUCAGGAUGAGGACGAAGUGAACUCGGCCGAUGGCGGUGCUGGUGGCGGCGGUAGUGACGUUGAGAUGGAGGAUGUUGCCCGGGGUGGGUCGCCUCGUGCUAGUGGAGAUGAGGAGGAAGAGGACGAUAUCUUUGGAGAUGCGGCAUCUGAUGAGGAUGACAACGGGUGCGUUCACUGCUCUUCACUUUAUUCUCUACACUUGACGAAAUUGGCAACCGAGAAGCUAACCAGAGACUAUUACUUUCUACAGAGACUACAACCGGUAUGGAUCACAAACCCAGCAAGAAGAGGAGGAAGAAGAGAUGGAAGAAGUCGAGAUGCAAGAGAUGGAGAUCACGAUGCCGCGCUAUCUGUCGUCGCACAAAGUCCCCAAGGAGACCGCAAUUGCGCGCAUGCCCAACUUCUUAAACAUCGACCCGGUUGCAUUCGAUGCAGACACAUAUCUCGAGACUGCCGAGAACAUCGAGAAAGCAAAGGGCGAAGGCACCGACGAGUCGCGGCGUCAGUUGCGGGAAGAGGUGCAGAAUAUGAUUCGAUGGAGAUAUGUCAAGGAUGAGCAGGGAAACAAUAAAAUCCAAUCAAACGCACGAAUAAUUCGCUGGUCCAACGGAAGCUACUCGCUCAAACUCGGCGGCGAAAUCUUUGAUAUCCAGGAGACUCCAGUGAACGACACCUACCUCGCCGUCUCCCACAACGAGCAAGAGAUCGUGCAGUUCCACAAUAAGAUCUCCAAGAUCCUCAACAUGACGCCGUCCUCGACAACCUCACAGACCCAUCUCCGGAUGUCGAACGCGCUUGCUCGCGGUCAGGUCAAGACGCGGUAUAUCAACGAUAUCGUGACGAUCGAGGAUCCCGAGAAAGUCAAGCGCGAGGCAGAGAAGGCGGAGGAGAAUAAGAUCCGCGCGCGCAAGAAAUUGGAAAACAAGCGGGCCGCGCUCGAGUCGCGGUCAAACUACGAUCGCGAGCUGGGUGCCGGCGUCGGCCGCGGGGCCGGGGGCGGCGCGGGUGGAAGAGGUAGUAGAUAUGAUGCGGACGACGACGGCAUGGGAUACGGAAACUCGGCGGAUUAUGAGAAGGAUGACUUUGUCGUUUCGGACGAUGACGAAGAUGAGGAAGAGGAAAGAGCUGAGAGACUUCGGAAACUUAAAAAGGCUGGUGCCGACAAGUACAAGAAACGACGGAAGGGGUCAGACGAUGACGAUGAAGACGAGGAGGAAGAAGAGGAAGAAGAGGACGAGGACGAUCUGUUGGAUGACGAUGACGACGAUUUGGAGAUUCCGAGUCAACGCAGAGAUCUGAAGCGUAGACGAGAUUACAGCGACGAUGACGACGAGGAGUAGUCUUGUUUACACUUGCUGUGUCUACUUGUGAUCAAUGAAAGGAUAGACCAGAAGAGAGCUUUUAUAUUGUACAAUAGUAAAACGUUACAAG